GGGUGGAUUCCUUUAUUAUGAAUUUUAAUAAUUCUUGAGUGCGACAAUCGAGGGGUAGGAUAAGUUACAAUGGUAGAGUUUCCACGGAAAAAUUAUUUUCGUCGUAGCGCAUUUUUUUUGAACAUAGAGCUCAUUUAAAGCGUUUUCGUGCUUAUUUAACAUGGAAAGCAAUGUUUGAAAGAUUUAAAUUCGGAUCAUAUCGUAUAGAAGACACCGAGCUGGCGACGCACAACAGAAAAUCUAAAUCCAGUCCGAAUCUCGUUCUCGUGAAAUUUCUCGACAACACAAAUGUGAAAUUUAAUCUAGAUAAGAAGGCAAAGGGAAGUGAUCUCUUAGCUACAGUCUUCGAUCAUCUAGAACUAACUGAGCGCGACUAUUUCGGACUAAAAUUCUGUCAAAGCGAAAACGCUGAACGAUGGUUGGAUUCUAAUAAAAAUGUACGAAAACAAUGGCAGAAGGAACAAAAAAAUUGCUCACCCUCUAUGCCUAUACUAGAAUUUCGCGUUAAAUUUUAUGUGAGUGAUCCAAGUCGUCUUCUUGAAGAAUACACGAGAUAUCAAUUUUAUUUGCAAAUCAAACGAGACAUUUGGUCUGGUCGAUUACCAGUUUCACUUCACACAGCUUGUCUUUUAGCGAGCUUUCAAGUCCAAUCUGAGCUUGGCGAUUUCAAUGCUGUGGAACAUACGGAGGGAUAUCUCAACGAUCUUCAACUUUUAGUUGAUCAAAACGAAGAAACUGAACGACAAAUCGCAGAAUUACAUAAACUUCAUCGUGGUCAAUUGCCAGCUGAUGCUGAAUGCAAUUUCCUUGAACACGCAAAACGUUUGGAUCAAUACGGAAUCGAUUUUCAUAAAGCGACUGAUUCAAGUGGGACAGAAAUUCAACUUGGAGUGAGUGCUAUUGGAUUGUUGGUGUAUCAGAACAGCCUACGAAUCAACACAUUUUCUUGGUCGAAAAUGACAAAAGUUUCAUUCAAAAGGAAGGAAUUCUUCAUUCAGCUUCGUCGAGAACCGUCGGAAAGUUACGAUACACUUCUCGGCUUCAAUAUGGCAUCACACAAACGUGCAAAAAUCCUUUGGCAGUCUUGUGUUGAACAUCACUCAUUCUUUCGUUUACAGAAACCACAUCGAAGCUCGAGAUUUGCUUUGUCGCUUGGUUCUCGCUUCCGUUAUAGUGGAAGAACAGAACUUCAAGCUGUUCAAGACAGUAAAGUUCGAGUGAAGAUGUCAAAAUCAUUUAUUCGGUCACCAAGCCGACGAGCUCUCGCAUCGUCGCCCAUCAAUGGCAUGUCUGCAGACAGCAAUGGGACCAGCAACGGUAAAUUAUCGUUUCGACCGCAUGAUAAAAUCACUGUAACGGAAUCAAAAUCACCGCGAAAAGCUUGGGAGAAACAGGAAAGUGGAAGCAGUGAAAAUGAAUUUAUUGAUCGAUCAGCUCGUUUUGAUUCAUCAGCUCCACCACUUUUCGAUUCACCACCAGCAUACGACAGUAACGAGAACACAAAUAAAUUAAGUGAAGAAGGUUUAGUGUCGUUGAGAUUAAAGUCUGAUGAGCAUGGUCGAUUCGGUUUCAAUGUGAAAGGUGGAAUCGACUUAAAAAUGCCGAUUUUCGUCUCACGAGUCGCACCACAUACGCCUGCCUACAACAGUAAAAUUUGCGAGAAUGAUCAAGUUGUGAUGAUCAAUGGACGCGAUGUCAGCACAAUGACACACGAACAAGUUGUGUCACUCAUAAGAAACUCUCGUGACAAUAAUGGCGGUCAAUUGAAUUUAAUUAUCAAACCAAAUGCCUUGGAGGAUGGUUCACUUGUUGAAGAGCCUUUAUAUCAAUAUGUUCCAGAGGAUCAAAGUCAAUUUCGUAACAGUCAACAUAGUUUCAUGACGGGAAGUAGCGAAGCAAAUGUCUUCCAGCAAUCGCUUUUACUGUUAAGUGACGGUAUUGCAAGUGGAACACUCUUGUCACAAUACGAACAAAUGUAUCGAAAGAAUUGUGAUUUAUCUAUAACUGAAGCGAGAAAACCAGAGAAUGCGAGCAAAAACCGUUAUCGCGAUAUUUCUCCAUAUGAUUGCACACGUGUGGUUUUAAUGAAUCAACCAGAUGGAGAUUACAUCAACGCCAAUUACGUCAACAUGGAAAUACCAAAUGGAACAAUCAAUCGUUAUAUUGCGACACAAGGUCCACUUGGAAACACAGUGAAAGAUUUCUGGCGAAUGGUUCAACAGGAGAGUAGUCACUUGAUUGUGAUGUUAACGACAGUUAUGGAACGUGGAAGAGUGAAAUGUCAUCAAUAUUGGCCAGCAAAUGAUGAGAUAUUGGACAUGGGACAAAACUUCACUAUAAAAUGUUUCAAUGAACAUGCUGAUGAGACGGGAAGUUUUGUAUUUCGUGAUAUGUUGAUGAGUGAUGGUAACACAGGUGAGAAACGAACGAUACAACAUAUGCAAUAUUUGGCAUGGCCAGAUCAUGGCGUUCCAUCAGAUCCAAAGCUUUUCCUUUCAUUUACUGAAAAAGUUCGUCUUGCUCGUAACACGACUUUAUUGCAAGAGAUCGAAGCAACGUUGAAGCAAGUGAAACUGAAAGAUGCUGAUGAAAAUGGUGGACUUGAUGGUGAACGUAAGAAUUAUGAAAACGGUGAAUCGCCAUGUGAUUUGCCACCGUCAACUUCAGUUCAUCAAUGCAUAAGUGCAGCUAAUCCACCAAUUAUCAUUCAUUGUUCAGCUGGAAUCGGACGAACAGGAGUUUUAAUUUUAAUGGACACUGCCUUAGCUUUAAUGGAAGCAAAAGAACCAGUUUAUCCACUUGACAUUGUACAAACAAUGCGUGAUCAACGUGCUUCUAUGGUUCAGAAUGUUAGUCAAUACAAAUUUGUCUGUGAGUGCAUUAUUGCAGCUUAUAACAAAAUGUUGGAAGAAGAUGAAACGAAAACAUCGCCACGAGCAACAUCGGCAGCUGGUAGUGAAUAAUAAAUUAGUUUUAACUUGUUUAUGAACGUCGUGAUGAAGAAAAAUAACGUAGAGAAUUUAUUGUAAGCCAUCCUGAACAUAAGAAAGAAUCAGAACAAAACAUUUUCCAUAACGUCCAUUUUUACAAGAACCAUUUGAAGAACAAACAUUUAUUCAUUGAUUGACUGGUAAGGUCUUGCAAAGUAAGAAAAAGUAACUUUUUUAGACAUAUUUAAAUUAGAGAUGGACAUUGCUUGCUAUCUCUGUCUCUCACCCUUUAAUUAGAAAGAAAUAGCAUUAGAAAACCCCGACAAUUCCCUCUUUUAGACAUAAACGAAACUUCCAGAGCUGCAUGAAUUCGUCCCUAAUCUUAAAUUCAUCAUCUAUCACUAUCCGCGAUUAAGAUUCACCAAAUGUGCUGUGUGGACCCUUUUAAAUCCACCAUAAAACACUGAAACGAAAUUAAAUCGACACAUCACAAUCACAUAUAAGAAACUGCUUAAAAGUGAAACUGACAUUGCCAUAUUUAUACUGAUUCUAAACUUAAUAACUUAGAUUUCUGUUUUUCUUUUUAAAUGAUGAUUGGAAUGUUGUUGUUGUGAGAAUUUUUCUUCUUUUUUUUCCUUCGUAAGGAGUGAGACAAUUUAAACAUUUAUUAAAAUUAUCUAAAAAUGUAAUUAUCAAAAAAAAAAAAUCAGAGCUGUCGUGAAUAUUUGAUAUCUAAUGAGAUGUUGUGACAGCUCUGAUCAACUUUAUGAAUAUGAUGAGAAACAAAUAUCAAAUUAUUUAAGACUAUUGACAUGGAAAUCGAAUAAAAGAAAAAAAAGAAAGAAAUUUCUUAAAAAUUAAUGAAAUGUUGGCAAUUUUUCUUUUUAUUUUUCAAGUUUUCGACGUUUUAAAUUAAAAUAUUUGUACAUAACAUUCUGAGCUGUAAAAUUUCCAUAUCCAUCGCCAUUCAUUCGUUUUGCCACCGUCUCCCAAACGUCACCACUCGAUGGACGUUUGUCGAGAUCAUUACGAUGUCUAAUUAACGCUUCUUUCAUUUCUUCUGUCCAAUAAAGAUAACUUCUUUUACUUGAGGUCUUUCCGUAAGAGAUUUCUUUGUUGCAUUCCAUUUCAGUCGAUUGAUUGUCAUCAUUGCCAUGCAUCAACUGAAAGUAACGAUUUUUGAUACUUUUUAUAGUGAAAGAUCCGUGCCCAUUUUUCUCUAAUUUAUGUUUCACAUUUUCCCAAAUAUCUCGGGGAGUUCUUGGAAUACUUUCGGGUAACAGAUUUUGUAAUUGAUUCUUAAAUGAAACCAAUGCAGAAUCAGCAGAAUCGGUCCAAGUUUGAAAAUCUUCAUUAUAAUCUUCAUCAGUUUCAAAUUCGUUGGCUUUCUCUGAAAGACGUUGAAACUUUGCUUCGUCUUGUUUAACUUUUUUGUAAUGGUAAUGGACAAUAUGUUCAGUAAUGUUGCGAUAUCCUUCCAACUCGAACUCUUUCGCAAUGUUUCUGAAUAAAGCUUUAUCGGGAAUCACAGGAUUUUGUUGUUUGAUUUUUGAUGCUAAAUGAAGUAAAAAUAUUUCCAUAUCUUCCUUCCAUCCCCAAUAAGUUUUCUUGAAGCCAAAACGUCGCUUUUCGUCAGUCCUUACAAUUAACUCUUCAUCGUCACUAUUGGAAAUGUCAAACUCAACUUGUUCCUUUAGUUUUGUCAAUUUUUCUGGUUGACUCUGAAGCUUCUCAUAUUUAUAUUUGAUUGACUUUGCUGAAAUGUUUGGAUAUCCUUUUAUUUGAAAUUUUUGAGAAAUUUUCCUGUAAGCCAAGUUAUCAGAAUCUUUCAACGAUUUGUAUUUGUGACGGUAUCGAACUAAAUCGAGUUCCAUUUCGUCUGUCCAAUUCCAUUUCUGUGGUCGAAACAAUUUAUUAGAAACAAAACACAAACCUGAAUGUGAUGGUGUGAAGUGUGUCGAGUCGUCUGUGUCAGAAAUAAAGAAUUCUAUAUGUCUUGAAGCACCUAAGUUUUCUGCGUCUUGUAAAAUAAAUGUCUCACUUUCGUCAGCCACUUUCUCAUAUUUCAUUUCUUCAUCUAAAUAUUCAGGUUCGAGAUUGUUAUGUUCAUCAUCAGGAGGAUCUGAAUCUCCUUCAAAAUUAACACAAAGAAGUUCAUAUAACUUUGUUUGAUUUUCAAUAAGUUCUUCUCUAAAAGAACACAGUUUCUCAAGAUUUUUGUUACAAUUUAAACAAAUUAGAGAUGAAAACUGUGAACUGAUGAUGAGCUCCACAAAAGUUAAAUUUUCAAAUUUUGUUUUCAUUGUUUCAUCUAUUUUGUAAAAUAUUUCAUUGUCACUAAUCAAAUUCAAACACAUUCGACAACGUUCAGUAUGAUUCAUAAGAAUAUCACUCUCUGAACUUGCCAUAUUUUACUAUAUUUUAUUUUUUUCU